AUGCAUCGUUCCUCCAACUACUCCUAUCCUCAAUCCUCCAGCUCGAGAAGUUCAUCGAAUCAUGCUUCCAGCAGCGCCUUCAGUCCCAAUGCCAACCCUAAUGAAGAUUGGACCAAGAUCUCCGAUCUUGCGGAGAGGCGCCGGAUACAGAAUCGAAUCGCGCAGAGAAACUAUCGCAAGAAGUUAAAGCGCCGCCUGGAAGAUCUAGAGAAGAGAGCGGCGACAGCCUCGACGUCGCCUGAAAGAACUCUCGAGCGAUCAGAACCACCGAAGGCGGUACCUACAGCCAAGUCAGGUCGUAGCCGACAGAAUCGGGCGUCCAAGUCCAGUCAGAACACCACAAGCCACUCGCCCAGUGAGCGAGGCUCGUCCUACGACGGUUACUCCACUUCGGAUGAUCGAGGGUCAAUGUUUUCUCACCAAUGUACCCGUCAGCUUUCGGCAUCACCACCCCCAGUAUUUUCAUACCCAUCCUACUCGCAUUUGGACCCGUAUGGUCACUCGAGCUACGGUCAACCGCCGUCAUAUCACUCGAUUGGAAGCAGCUACCAUGAUCUGCCCUACCACAACGAAUACAAUACUCACCUGCCUUCGAUCCUUCCCGUCGCCAUCUCAGCCCCUGGACCAUCGAAAAAGCCUCAUUCGUAUGCCGACGAUGAGAUUGUUAGUCCGUUCAGUAUGAGUUAUGCCUCCAUGGCGGGCAUUGAUCUCUGUCCAACACCACAACACCUACCUGAGACCAAUAUCCCUGUACAUACCCCUCUCUCUACACGACACAUGUCGGUACUAGAGCUCCAGGGUUAA